AUGUCUAUCUCAAAGAUUAACAUUGUCCUAGGAGUAGCAAAUGUCGGAGACGGCAAAGAGGACCCCGUGGUCCGCUUCCACGAGCCAAGCGAGGUCAUCGCCUUUCUCGAUGCCUUCACCAAGCGAGGGUAUAACCAGCUUGACACAGCACGCAUCUAUUCACCUCAUGCACCAGGAACAAGCGAGCCAAAGAUUGGAGACGUUCCUGAGAAGAACUUCAUCAUUGACACAAAGGUCAACUCUUUCCACGACGGGGCUCACUCCAAGGAGAACAUUCUCAAAGACAUUAAUGAUUCCCUGAGUGCCUUGAAAAUCCAGCAAAUCAAUAUUGAGUAUCUGCAUCAGCCUGACCGGGCGACUGACCUCAAAGAAGCCUGUGAAGCCAUGGACCAGGCUAAUAAAGAAGGAAAAAUCAAGUACUGGGGUAUCAGCAAACAUACAGCUCAAGAGGUCGAGACUAUCGUCAAGAUUUGUGAAGAAAAUGGCUUCAUUAAGCCUAGCGUAUAUCAAGGAGAGUAUAAUCCGAUUGUGAGGUCUGCCGAAAAGGAACUUUUUCCAAUCUUGCGACGACAUAGUAUCGCGUUCUAUGCUUAUAGUCCAGCUGGAGCUGGAUUCUUUGCUGGCAACCAUAAGAACGUCCAACCUGGCGGCCGCUUUGAUCAAUCCCUAUUCCUUGGAAAUCUAUACGCUGAACGCUAUCUUAAGCCCUUGAUCUCGGAAGCCACGGAGAAAGCGUUGGCUGCAGCUUCUAGCCACGGAAUUAGCGGUCAUGCUGCGGCUCUUAGGUGGACAGCGCACCAUGGAGCUCUGAGCAAAGAACAUGGCGAUUCUAUCGUCGUUGGUGCAUCGAGCGUGCAGCAGCUGAACUCUAAUAUCGAUGCGAUCGAGGCCGGGCCAUUGCCUGAUGAUGUAGCAGACGCCCUUGGAGCUAUCUAUGCGGAGAUUGGGGAUGAUCUUCCAUAUCAUGUCUGCAUCGUCCGUGCUGACAAAUGCCGAAAUACACAGACCUCUAAUACAAAGAGUUAUACAAAUGUCUUCCUUGUGGUACAUAACGCAGGACCCGAGGCUCUCCGAGAGUCAAAACGCGAAGCUCGUUCAUACUCUGCCCAGGUGGCACACGCUAAAGCACGGAAGCUGCGCGGACCUGGAAAAGCGAAAAGGAUUGCCGUGGAAGAUGGUCUCAAAACAGAAAAGAAGCACACUAUGAAAGGCUUGAGCCCAAAAGGCCAGCCCCCAAGCCAGACCUUGCUUCCAUACAACGCAGCGACGAUAUCUACAGCGGAUCUCCACAUCGAUCAGCCGAUGCUAUCACCAUACAUCAACUUCAUUUCAACUCUCACAGAAGCAGAAUGUUUCAUGUUCGACCAUUGUAAGUGGUAG